AUGAACUGUGACUACGUUUCGAAGGGGGAGACAUACGAUGAUGAAAGGCAGGAAUUUAGCGAGCAGUACUAUAAGGCAAAGUCUUUUCUUAUGGACAGAGCCAAGGAAAGACAGGAUCCACCCGUUUUGGAGCAAACUAUUCGAGCCUAUGAUUCAGUGUCACAAAGCACAACUGAUCACGUGCGCUUACCGCAGAUUAAACUUCAAACCUUCAACGGGGACAUAGAUGAUUGGCAAGGUUUCCGCGACCUAUUCACCUCCCUCAUUCAUUGGAAGCCAGAUUUACCAGAGGUAGAAAAAUUUCACUACCUGAAAGGAUGCCUGCAGGGUGAACCUAAAAGCCUCAUUGAACCAAUAAAAACCACUAGUGCUAACUUCAAGGUUGCAUGGGAGAUGCUGUUAAGGCGAUACAACAACAGCAAGCAACUGAAAAAACGGCGAAUCCAAACGCUUUUCAAAUUACCAACUUUAUCUAAAGAAUCGGUCGUGGAUUUACAUGCUUUGCUGGAGACUUUUCAACGUGUCGUUCAAACGCUUGACCAAAUUGUGCAACCGGGGGAUUAUAAGGAUUUACUUUUGGUUAAUCUGCUCGCUUCGCGCCUAGAUCCGUUCACAAGGAGAGGAUGGGAAGAACACUCGGCUGCUUCAGAAACGGACUCACUAAAGGAGAUGACCGAUUUUCUCCAAAGGCGAAUUGAAAUUUUGGAAUCUCUACCUGCGAGGGUGGCUGACACUAGGAGUGGCCAGCCUUCUCAACCAACAGGCAAGGUCAAGUUGGUCGGGUCUAAGACCAGCUUCAACACAACACAAACACAAGGUGGCCGUUGUGUCGCAUGUAAGGAAAAUCAUCCAUUGUACCAGUGCACAACAUUUCAAGGAUUGACCGUCGCGGAAAGGGAUUCUAUGCUACGGGCUCACUCGCUAUGCUGCAACUGUUUUAAACAAGGUCACCACGCGAAAGACUGUCAAUCAAAAUACUCUUGUCGAAAUUGUAAAGGGAGACAUCACAGCCUGGUUUGUUUUCGGAGCGGAAAGGGACACGAGACUAAGGAAUCGGGGACUCAAGGUUCUAAUAUGUCCGGCCAGAGAGAAAUCUCAAUUCCUUCUUAUAUUACCUCUACCCCCUCUACACAAGUGGCAAAUCUGGCAAACUCCAGGGCAGUGGUGGCAGGUGCGGUUAAUUAUUCGUCCCAAGUUCUCCUGGCGACGGCGGUAAUUGUCAUUGAGGACGACAGUGGCAAUCGGAUACAAGCAAGAGCUCUACUCGACUCGGGGUCGGAGAGCAAUUUUAUAUCAACGCGAUUAAGCCAGCGGUUACAGGUUGUUCGAGAUAAGGUAAAUAUUUCCGUAUCAGGAAUCGGACAAGGGUCAACUAAGGUUAAGCAACGAAUUUGGGCAUUGGUGACAGCAAACUUACCAACAGUCACUGUGGACACUAUUGGCUGGCCGAUUCCACAAGGUAUUCAAUUAGCGGACCCGGCAUUUGGCGUUUCUAAAGGAAUUGAUAUCGUACUUGGAAUUGAGUCUUUCUUCGAGUUCUUUAGCACGGGCCGCCAAAUGGUUAUUAGUAAACAAUUACCAGCGCUACACGAAUCGGUGUUCGGAUGGGUGGUGUGUGGUGCGCGGUCGGUACCGGAAAACAGUAUGCAGAUUAGUUGCAACGUGUCAACUACAAAUCAUCUGGAGGAAUUGGUGACUCGAGUUUUGGGCGUGUGA